AUGGAAGGAGAGAAAGGAUACACCGAAUUAGUCAAAGUUCUAAAUAGCCAGGAAUGCAUAAAAGAAUUAAUUACCUCUGAAAAAAUAUCCAUUGCUGAUGAAUUUCGAAUAAUGAAUCUUAUUUUAACCUGUUAUCCCAGAAGUGCUGAAUUAUUUAGCCAUAGGCGAUGGCUUAUUCAACAUGCUGCUAAAAUCGGUGAUUGCGAUAUCAAAACAUUAUGCAAACUAGAAUUAACAGUAGCAGCGAAAACUGCUGAUCAAUAUUACAGUAAUUAUAUUAGUUGGAGUCAUCGAUGCUGGAUAUUAUGUACAUAUUUGGCAAAUUAUCAAGAGAUUUUAUUAAGCGAGCUUCAAGAUACUGCCUUAUGGCUGCAGAUGCAUGUAUCUGAUAGCAAUGUAUAUUAUUACCGGCAGCAAUUGUUGACCUUAUUGGUUCAGCUCAAACGAUUUCUAUUGGCUAAUAUUCCAGUGAACAAUGAAGAAAAGAAAAAUUUAUGCCAUCAAGAGAUGGAAUUUGUAAAUGAGUCUUGCCUAGUCAAAGAAAGUACUGACUUAACCUUUGGACCCAAUAGGCAAAUUCAUUUUGCUAAAGAAUAUAAAAUAUUCAUCAACUUUAUGAUAUCAACUUUAGAUAAUAUUUAA